UUGUGAGGUUGGCCUACAUGAUAACAUCCCAUUUUGGGACCCGCGUGGGCUUGAGUUGAAUCUUGAUCGUGUUUGUGUUUUUAGAUAAACUGUGGCAGAGCUUCAUGUCCAUGAUUUCUCAUCAAGCGAUGCUUGCACAAAGUUGCCGCGGUACACUUGUACAUGACAGACUUGUACGAUGCUGCCUUCCAGUGAUUCUUCAUUUUAUUUACUCUUGACAACUUUAGGAAUAACAUUGCAACUUUCUCUUACAUCACAAUCAACUGGUUACUUUUUGUCUGUUGGUUCUUACAGAACAGAUGCAGGUGAAUUGAAUGGGAAAUUCUACUUAGAGAACUCACAAGUGGUAUUCCAGUGUGAGAUAGCUACUGAUGUCGAUGAUAGAGAUGAUGGAUUGGAUACCAGGUCCAUUGGGCAUUCAUUUGCCUCCAUGGGAUUGGCACCUCACAUCACAAUACACAACACAACAUGGAUUCGAACCAUCCACUUCCCUCUAGAAUCAUGGAAUAGUUCCCUUGGUGUGUGGUACCUGUCAAAAUCCAAGGAAGACAUCUUCACUCAAGACAGUGGCACAGAAGAUUGGAUUGUUGAAGUCGAUCUAGAUACUUCAACAGAACUUCUUAGAGUCGCUACAUCGUUAAUGGACCUUACUAAAGUAUCUUUUGUGAACACCAAUCUUGGAGAGCCUGUUGCUUCGUCGUCAUUUAUGACUGAUCCCAGCUUACUAAGUGAUGUCACAAAAUUCCUCCUGGCACCAGCACCAUGUUCGCCCGAUGUUGCCGUCUUAGGACUUGGCUACAACUCAACUGAAACAAAAGGAAUAAUUGUGGGGGUUACGAGGGAUGCCGUUGGUCGUGAGAGUAAUAACACAUUUUGGUACAACAUCACCACCCAACUUUGCCAAGCUGUUACACCAAAUGAAUGUGAUGAGAUAGCUUUAAUUGAUCUGAUCCUAACAGCUGAUCAGUCGUUACUUCUUCUGACAACUCACGGCUUGUUUCGAGGUCAGCUACCUUCAUCACAACCCCGGGAUUCAAGAGGCACUUUGGUGCAGAAGCAGGUUCUGUGGAAUCUUGUGGAAUUACCCAGCUCAAUAUCCUUUAUUUCCUUCCAUCUCUCCUAUACACCCGUGUGCUUCAACAGAUACACUAAAUCCUCCACUGAACAAGUUGCCUAUGUUGCAAUGGUGAAGUCCGGUAAUGACAAGGCUGUUUAUGCAAGUUAUUCCCCUUACACCAACUGGACAGUCUCAGCAUCAAAUUGUCCAUUCAGCCAACCUAGCAGCUUAGUGUAUGACCAUCACACCAAUAGCUUUGUAAUACUACAGGAGAAAGAGGGUGUUCACUCCAUCCUUGCCUUCAGUACUGACCAGCUUCUACAGGUUGGCGCUGUGAAUUGCUCACGUUUUUCUUCCUUUGAUCUUCCCUCUGCCUUCUUUCCCACUGAAGGCAGAUCUCUGUGUUUCAAUCCAACGACUCAUGAAAUCUUUGUCUAUGGCAAUCAGGUGUGGCUGUCCAAUGAUGGAGGGGAUAGUUUUCAUCAAGUUCUCAUUCUGUAUCAUAACGAAACUAUAAAUGGCUGCUAUAUCAGUGCACAAGGAGGUGACGUGAUCUUUACGAGCAACCUUCACAAAUUGUUUUUUGGUAAAACAGGUGUGAAGAGGUUGAUUGAGCUGGUUAUAUCCCCAUCUCCAUCAACCUUGCAGUCCCUGGCUGUUCACAUCACUCAGACUGGCUCCAUAAUUGUCAUGGGGAUUACCAAGUUAAGCCAGCAGUGGUGGGUGCAGGAGAUAAAGAUAUCAAGAGCCGUGCAGCUGUCGGAGAUUGUGCCACAAAGCGCCCUCGCUGUCCAGUUUGUUACGGAAGCCAAGGCGAUCCUUUAUGAAGUCAUCUCGGCCGAGGCUGAUAACCGCUCCCACGUACCAAGGAUGUUGAGCCCAAUGACGGCGGGCAAGCAGUUGAAUCAAAGGGAUAUUGGGAGGGCCAUCAUCACAGACUCACUGCCCGAGUUUCAGAUUCACAACUACUCUGUGGUCGUUGGCAGAGCUCACGUCUACAAACAGUUUGAUGCGGAGACAUGGAUGACAAGACCAGCACUCAAACAUGAUGUCAUUAUCCAACCCUAUGAUGGAAAGACAGUCCUGAUGUAUCUCAAAGUGAAGAGAACAGGUGUACCUGGGUGGCAUUGCGGUGAUGUUGGUAAGACAUUUGAGAUGCCUGGUGCUUCUAGCAUCCUGAUCCUAGCCUGUCAUAAUCGGACACACAUCCAGGGCUUGCCCUUGAUAGUCCAAAUGCUCAAGGAUACUUACCCCGCCAAGAGAUGGAGGUUGUUUGACUUGAGAGCCUACCCAAACCAGGCUGAGGUUAUCAAUCAGACGCUUUCCGUCAACACAAGUAGCAGCAUCGCGUGCCUUGAAGAGGAAGGAAGAUUCGCCUUUACCCAACUUCAUACAAAUAUGACGCUUGAGGUUACAGGCGGACACGCCAAAAUUGGGCAGAUUAUCGAUGAGAGUUGCUGUCAGCUAGUUGAUAUCUCAGACUCGGUCAGUGGACAGUUCAGCCCUAGAGAGUGGGGACUCUACCAAACAUUCCCAGAUGGUAGAGGGGGUAUGUUCCCCCACCUGACUUUAACUGAGGCCUCAUGUCAACACCACCUGACCCCUGACACUAACGCCAGCAAGUAUGCAGUCAGGCAGCUUGAUCUAAGCAGAAGCUUCAAGUUCUCCCUGACGGCAAGCCGGAGAGGCAAAAAAGCCAAGGACAGGCCAUUGAUGUAUUACCAAGUAGCUAAUGCGAAGUUGAUCAACGUGCGGUCCAGUUACGCCCAAGACAAAUAUGGAUCAGAGACAAUGACGCUGAGCGUCCGAAAUAUGCUGCACAGGAAGGGUUCCUCCUCGGUGACCUUUAACCUCCCAGAUGCAUCCCUUCUGUGUCCCCGUACGUCAUUUACUCUGACUUUUCAAGCAGCCUGCCCCUUCACCAAGCACCUGCAUUAUGUAUACCAGCCUCAACUCACCCAGCAGGAAUUCUUAUACGGCAAUCCUACAGACUCCAAGGGCAAACCCAUAUUGAUUGACAUUCCGGUCAACUAUCGACCCCCAUCACUUCUAGGUAUUUCCAUUCCAACCAGUAACAAUAUCUACAAUGCUGAUCCUAGUCAGCCAAGACCCAGAGAUAUCUAUCAGAUAUCAAAGGACAGCGGUACCUACAAGCAGUGCCUAGGUAAAACCAAUCGCUCUGAGUGUGGUUGCACUGAUGCCAUGAAGAUGUCAUCCUUAGAGAGAGACACGGACUGUAGACAGCGGGCCUACAGGUUAGUGCAUCCUGGCAAGUUAUCCCUGAGGUUCCAGAUCUUAGAAGCGGAGACGGAACCAACCGAGCUGCUGGAACUUUAUGUCAUCACCUUGAAGGAAGUGAACGGAAGGCAGGACUACAUGGUUGAAGCUGAGUCCACCCCCAGCUUGGACAAGAUGAAGGAGGAGCUUAGUGAAGUAAUGAACAACACGAGUGAGUUUAUUGACCCGGCCACAGUGAGACUCACACUCACGGGUUCAGGACUCUAUCACUUCAGAGCGUCAGUAAUUCCAGGUUUCAGUUACUGUAAUUUGGAAGAUGAAGUGCAGGUGUAUGUUGACAUGGCGCCUCUACCGAACCCUACCCAGAUGAUUGUCAUCACUGUCAUCAGCAUUGUGAUUGGCGGCGUGUUGUUCUCAGUGUAUCUCUAUUAUCUUCAUUUGCACCAUCAGCCACGCAUCCGAAAAACUGGCUCGCAGUGUAUGGACCCUCAGGAACUACGAGAACAAAUGAAGCAGUGAGGAUGAUGGUGGUGUCUGGUUUCAAUCUGACAUGAUUGUGGAGGGAGGUCCAAUAAGAAUUCUUAAAGUCCAAGAAAUCAGGUCAUGAGAAUUAUCUUCCUGAACUGCGUCCAGUCUUGACCAGGCAUUAUUGCCAGCUGUUUACAAGCUUGUCAAAAUAAAAGGAGGCCCAAAAUGUGUUUUGUUUUUUUGGAAUAAAUAAUUAUUCUUUGCAUAUUGCAUACUCUUUUUCUAGGGAACUCUGUCCACUUUCUGUCAAAAACGUUAUAUCUUUUUAGCAGUUUUCCAAAUGUUGUGAAUUUUCUGCAGAUCCAUGCUGACUAUUGGCUUUGCAUAAGUUUACUUCAUAAAAAAGUUCUUGAAUCUUUACAUGUUUUUCUGCUGAACUUGUAGAUUUGAGAUUAUUAUCAUUUUACUUAGGGUUCCCAUAGUAACCCCAACAAUUGAGCAAUUAAAUUGUUCCAAAUAAUAUUCAUUAUUGCUUGUCACAAAGAAUUGGUGCAACCAAUAUGUAGAGUACUUUGCUUCUUGAUGUUACAAAAAAAUUACUUGCCAAGUGAAGUUGUUUAUAAAUUUUUAUAAAUGUCACAUGUUCUGAAGU